AUGUCCAACGAUAACAACAUCGCUAUUGUGACACCAUCAACAACAACAACAACAUCAACAACAUCAUCAUCUGGUGAAGGAGUUGUUGAUACCUCUCAACAACAACAACUAAUACUUGGUAAUGGUAAUGAACCAGCCAAUCACUUGAACUCUCAAGUGUCCAUUGAUGAUCAGAAUAAUAUUGAACUGGUCUAUUCAUUCUGGUUUGGCAAGACAUCCACUUGGUCCAAAAGAUACAAUGGAAAGACCAAGCUUUGGUUCGGUCGAAGACGUGCACUCGACAAGGGUAGAUUCGAACAACUGCUUCAAGAGGCAGCUGCAUCAAUCGACCAGUCCAAUAACAACAACAACAACAACAACAACAACAACAACAACAACGCCAUAGUGGAUGGCAUCUUUGAUCGUUGGUCAUCAUUCCAACGAGGCAGGAUCGCACUGUUGUUGCUGUUUGAUCAAUUCCCUCGAGCAAUGUAUCGUGGAUCAGCUGACAUGUUCAAGUAUGACGAUGUUGCAUUGCGUCUAUCACUGGACAUACUUGACAAUCCGACCAACCAAGAUCAUGCCUCUAUGUACUCAUUGCCAGAGCGUAUCUUUAUCUACCUCCCUCUGGAGCACUCUGAGAACUUGGAGCUUGUCACGAGGGCACAUCAGUUGAUGGAAUCUAUGGCCAGUGACUCACUGUUUCCCGCGCAACUCAAGUACUACAAAAGGUUCGCGCAAUCUGCCCGCGACCAUCUCGAGACCAUCCAGAGAUUCGGUCGAUAUCCCCACCGCAACUUCCUACUCAAGCGUCAGUCGACCGAUGAGGAGCAGGCCUACCUCACAUGGGCCAAGAACAACUCUUCACAAUCCGCCCACGAGCCAUCGAACGGUGAUCACGAGGAGAUCCAGUUGCGUCCUCCCGUGACCAUGGAGAAUCAAUUCAAGCCCAAGAGAAAGUUCAUCAACACCAUCAACAUUGCCCCUCCCAUCAAUGAGAAGCCAAAGUUGAAGUUGGUACUCUUACACAGUUUCCGACAGAAUGGAUCAAUAUUAAAGAGAUCCACCAAGAAACUUGCUGCAAUGUUAUCGGAUAUCGCAACGAUCUACUAUGCCAACGCUCCAUUGUCCUACAGCCCUAGUGGUGAUAAUAGGACAGCUUUGUUGACGGCAUUUGGUGAGCUGCCACAGACUGGACAUCAACGUCAAUGGUGGAACGCAUCCAAGGACAACAAGGUCUAUCAACACCUUGAUGCUUCGGUACAUUACCUGACUCAGUUGUCCAAGACAGAGGGUCCAUUCGAUGGAAUCAUUGGUUUCUCCCAGGGUGCCGCCUUUACCGGCAUCCUCGCAGCGUUGCAACAACAGAACCAACUGCUGUUUAAUUUUAAGUUUGCCAUCUUGAUCUCGGGAUUCACCUCGAGAGCAGAGGCACACCAGCCAAUGAUGCAACCUUCAUUCGUUCGCGGACUGCCCACCCUGUCGAUACUUGGAACUAGCGAUGACCUAGUGGACAAUGAUAGGACUAGACAGUUGGCUGCACUGUUUGAGGGUGGUCGACUGGUACAACACGAUGGUGGUCACUUUACACCAAACAGGUGGCCCAAUCAAGAGAUCAAGGAGUUUGUCAGUGAACAACAAUCACUAAUAGUUAAUGGAGGCACUGAUGUUGCUGUUGAUGAUGCGAUUGGAAAGGAAGACUCAAACAUCCCAGAUCCAUUACAAGAACUUGCAACGUUUGAUGAGAAGAUGGAGCAGUCAUUACGAAUCAACCGAACACGUCUAGUGACCAACUACAACAAUGGCAAGACACUUGAUGAGAGGUUCGCCAUCACAUUGCAUGGACUCACUGCAGAGACUAGAAGUGCGUUGGUCAAUGAGGAGGAGUUCAAAUCACUCUUGGACAGCAAUCCACCUUCAUUGGACAGACAAUCAAUUGCCAAUGACUCGAUUGUCAAGCUUCAUGCAUGCCUCUCAUCUUUUGAUGAUCUGUUGGUGAUACUGUGGUCGACAAGACUCAACUUUAAACAGGACGAACCUCGUGACUACCCACUGUUCUACCAUUUGUGGCUCAAUCUCUACCUUGCACAUCCUACCAAGCUCCUGACCAACCUUGACGCCUUCCCCAAGCUAGCUACAUGGCGUGACUUGACCACUCUUGCCUACUAUGGAAACAAGAUGGCGCAACAACUUCAGUCAACCUCAACAGACAUGGACAACAACAACAACAACACACGCAUCACUCUUUUGAAACAGUUGAGACAGGUGGUCAUUGAGAUGUUCACCAAACAGUUGAUGUCCGACUACAAGAUUAUCGACGUUGAGAACUCUGACGACACUAUCGAGGAUGAUGAGAACAACUCUGACCAACUACUCAGGUGGCCAUCCAACUGUGCUCUUGACGCACCCAGACUGGGAGGUGGUCGAAAGGGCUACUCGUCACUGCUGGCCAAGGACAUUGCCAGGUUUAUGUCACCAAUCCCUCCCACACCCAAGGAUGCCAACGAUAAGCAAAUAGGCAUUGCCAAAGGACUCUGCUACGAGAACUAUCGAAAGAUUGUUGCCAGGUUGUCCAACCUUCUCAGGAGCACCUAUCCAAGCACUGUCGACUAUAGCGUCCAGAGAUCGGAUCGUGAGGCCUUCAAAAAGGGCGCCGGUGCUAUGGGUAUCUCGCCAGAGAACAGGAGAAAGAUGAUUGACGCUGCACCUUCCAACUAUGUUUUGAACCCUGAGCCUGAGCCUGUGUUCCCAUGCCCACUUGAGGAGCUGGACCCACUGCUCGAGUUUAUGAAGGCCGACAAGCCCCUGUCCGAUGAUUCUUUGAUCAGAUUCACCAGAGGCACCUGCAUGCCUGACGGCAGACUAGACCUGUGCAAACAGGUUGUUGGCCCUGAGGGCAUCAAACCAUUACUUGGUGCCAUGAAGAAGCAUAGCACAAUCAAGCGACUACUGCUUGGCAACAACAUUGUUGGUAACGGUGGUGCAGAGGCCAUCGCCGACUACAUUCUCAACAAUCCAGACUCAAAGAUUGACACUUGGUACAUUGCGGGCAACAACUUUGACGAGGAGGGAAUCACCCACAUUGCUGCCGCCCUAGCCAACGACACCAAAGUAAAGGCACUCUGGCUCAAGAGGAAUCCUCUGCUGAGCGCAGGUGUGAGACCACUGGCAAGAAUGCUCGAGACCAACUGCUUCCUUCAAGUGUUGGACUUGCUCAACUGUGGAGUGCUGGAUGAGGGUGUCGCCACAAUCUUUGCUGCACUCAAGAACAACAAGACUCUCAAGCAUCUCUACAUUGACACCAAUGGACUGACUGUGGCCAGUGCAGUGACUGUGGGUAACCAUCUUGCCACUGGCAACAACCACCUGGAGACACUCUACUUGAGCUGCAAUCAAUUGGGAGACGCUGGAGCUGCCGAGAUUGCCAAAGGUCUAAACACGGACAAGACACUUGUGCGAUUGGGUCUGUCGUCCAAUUGUAUUGGACCGGCUGGAGCAAGGGCAUUGGUGGAAGCAAUCAUCCCUCAUCCAUCACUCCUGUUCCUCAACCUUGGCUACACCAAAGCAACCUUUGUCAUGGGUGCUCUGAACAAUGUGCUAGAGGACGAGGGUGCCGCCGAGAUAUCCCGUCUGAUCCGCUCGAGCAAGGUGAUCAGGAGCAUUGACCUGACUAAUAAUGGCAUCUCCCAGAAGGGUGUUACGAUGCUUCGUGAGGCACUGAGAGAGAACAAACAACUCACAUCUCUCAAUCUAAUGCAGUUCAACAUGGUGCACAAUGAGGUGGCCAGAGAGAGCAUCGACUCUAUGCUCGCCAAGAACAGGUUACUCUGGGGCAAAGAGAAGUUGGCCGGUGCAGAUGAACACAGCUGGAUGAAGGUUGGUGAUGAAAUGGCCGAAGAAGUAAGACAGCCACAACAUGUACAAGAGAUCCUAUCAGUCUACAGAACUAAAUAA